GGUCGAAACCCGCGGGCCGGGCGCGCUCGGCCCCCUAACUCUGGCUGGGACUCUGGGAGCGUCCGGCCCUCUGAGGAAGCCUGACUCGAAUGGAGCUUGGGGUAACAAUGAAGCAGAGGAGAGGUGGCCUGAGGGGAGCAGAACAACUUUGAUUUUUACUUAACUCCCUCUCGUCUCCUCGCUCCCCUUCCCCAAAACAACUUUCUCUUCCGGGGUCAGGCGGGACCGCCCCCGAAGCGUACCUUGCGCGCUUCGGGCGCCCAGAGCUACGAGAUUUGGUGUGAUUUUGAGGUGCCCUGGCUGCCAGUAGCCCCAGGAGCGAGCGGGUCGCCCUCCGCCCCGCCCCGCGCCGGGGCCCGGCCGUGCCCUCUGGUCCGCGGGCACCGCCUGCAGGCUGUGUAACCUGGGCUCACAUCUUCAGCAAUCCUUGUUUUUAUACAGAGUAAUAGGAAGCCCCUCUCCCCUUGCCACCGAAAGCAGAGGGGUCAGAGAGUUUGUAAGAUUCUCAUAGAUAUGGAUGCACCCCAUCAGGAGUCCAAACGCCAAAACGAAGUAGCUAAGAUUCCAGAAACCCAUUUUGGGCUACCUGUAGUAGAAGGUUGGUUACUGACGGAGAGACUAAGUCUGGAACGAUCAUUCACUUUGGGGAAGCCAACUGCCAUAUUGAACAGCCCAGUGGAGAGGUCCACAUGGCAAAGAAUUGAGGACUACUGACACCAGCCAGCAAGGAACUGAGACUUCUUGCCAAAAUCCAUAUUGCUUCCCAAGAGGAGCCUGCCGCUGAAAACUCACCAUCACACGUCUGUCCUGACGCCACUUCGCACAAGAGGCAAGAUCUUGCCUGUGACAGUGUGUUUGCCAACAUGGCCCCCAAAAAGAAGACUCUAAAAAAGAACAAAGGAGAUAUCAAUGAGAUGACCAUAAUCGUAGAAGAUAGCCCCCUAAACAAACUGAAUGCUUUGAAUGCGCUCCUAGAGGGAAGCAAUGGCCUUACCUGCAUUUCUUCUGAACUAACAGAUGCUUCUUAUGGCCCCAACCUCUUGGAAGGCUUAAGCAGAAUGAGGCAGGAGAACUUCCUUUGCGAUUUAGUCAUUGGCACCAAAACCAAAUCUUUUGAUGUUCACAAGUCAGUGAUGGCUUCAUGCAGUGAAUACUUUUACAACAUCCUAAAAAAAGACCCGUCUACCCAAAGGGUGGAUCUCAAUGAUAUCGCACCGAUGGGCCUGGCUACUGUCAUCGCAUAUGCCUACACUGGAAAGCUGACUCUCUCCUUGUAUACAAUAGGAAGCAUUAUUUCUGCUGCGGUUUAUCUUCAGAUCCACACCCUUGUAAAGAUGUGCAGUGAUUUUCUGAUACGGGAGAUGAGUGUUGAGAAUUGCAUGUACAUUGCUAACAUUGCUGAAACAUACUCUUUGAAAAAUGCAAAAGCAGCAACCCAGAAAUUUAUCCGGGAUAACUUCCUUGAAUUUGCAGAAUCAGAUCAGUUUUUGAAACUUACAUUUGAGCAAAUUAAUGAACUUCUCAUAGAUGAUGACUUACAGUUGCCUUCUGAAAUAGUAGCAUUCCAGAUUGCAAUGAAAUGGUUAGAAUUUGACCAAAAGAGAAUGAAAUAUGCUGCAGAUCUCUUGAGCAAUAUUCGCUUUGGUACCAUCUCUGCACAAGACCUGGUCAAUUAUGUUCAGUCUGUACCAAGAAUGAUGCAAGAUGCUGACUGUCACAAACUUCUUGUAGAUGCUAUGAACUACCACUUACUUCCAUAUCAUCAAAACACAUUGCAGUCUAGGCGCACGAGAAUCCGCGGGGGUUGUCGAGUCCUUGUCACUGUUGGGGGACGUCCGGGCCUCACUGAGAAAUCCCUUAGUAGAGACAUCUUGUACAGAGACCCUGAAAAUGGAUGGAGCAAGCUUACAGAAAUGCCAGCCAAGAGUUUUAAUCAGUGUGUGGCCGUGAUGGAUGGAUUUCUUUACGUGGCCGGUGGCGAAGACCAGAAUGAUGCGAGAAAUCAAGCCAAGCAUGCAGUCAGCAACUUCUGCAGAUACGAUCCCCGCUUCAACACCUGGAUACACCUGGCCAGCAUGAACCAGAAGCGCACGCACUUCAGCCUGAGCGUGUUCAACGGGCUCCUUUACGCCGUGGGCGGCCGCAAUCCCGAAGGCAGCCUGGCCUCGCUGGAGUGCUACGUGCCCUCCACCAAUCAGUGGCAGCCGAAGACGCCCCUGGAGGUGGCGCGCUGCUGCCACGCCAGCGCGGUCAUCGACGGCAGGGUGCUGGUGACCGGCGGGUACAUCGGCAGCGCGUACUCGCGCUCGGUGUGCGCGUACGACCCCGCCGGCGACUCGUGGCAGGAGCUGCCGGGCCUGAGCACGCCGCGGGGCUGGCACUGCGCGGUCACGCUGGGCGACAGGGUGUACGUGAUGGGGGGUAGCCAGCUGGGGGCGCGCGGGGAGCGUGUGGACGUGCUGACCGUAGAGUGCUUCCGCCCCGCGACCGGCCAGUGGAGCUACGCGGCGCCGCUGCUGGUGGGCGUGAGCACGGCGGGCGCCUCGGCGCUGCACGGCCGCGCCUACCUGGUGGGGGGCUGGAACGAGGGCGAGAAGAAGUACAAGAAGUGCAUCCAGUGCUUCAGCCCGGAGCUCAACGAGUGGACGGAGGACGACGAGUUGCCCGAGGCCACCGUGGGCGUGUCCUGCUGCACCCUCUCGAUGCCCAACAGCGUGACCCGGGAAUCCCGAGCCAGCUCGGUGUCCUCGGUGCCAGUCAGUAUCUGAACCCAGUUGGUUUUCAUGGGGAUUCACUUCAGCAAAACACAACAAGAAAAGAAAUGACAAAGAAUUGAAGAGCUGUUUCAAUUGCUUGAAGACUGGCCAAGGAAAAAUGUAUUUUUAUACAUCGAUAGCGAUUUGUUUUGUAGCUCAGACAAAAGCCUAUGUUUGGUCUCCCUCAGCCCUGACCACUUGGAGUCACAGACGAAGCGUGGUGGUUUCUAGUCUCCUUCCUGCCCUGACCACAGCCGACCUGGCAUGGACUCUGGUUCCUCAUCAUUUGUGAUGAAACUACGAGUUAGAAAAUGAAACUGUAUUGUUACCAGCAAACCCGCAGAGCCUGACUCUUCCACCUCACCUUCCAA